CAGAAUCCUGUUUCUCCCGCGGGUUGAGGGACCAAGGCUGGCAGUUGCCUCAGGCAACUGCCUAGUUCCGGGCUCAGCGCAGGGCGGAGAUCCCAUUCCCAACUCCUAAAAGUCCCCAGUGGUGUCUGGGCACACAGGAGUUUGAGAACCACAGCACCUGUACCAGAUCUCACUGUUUCUCAUCCAGAAAACACACACUGCUGUAACCGCCAGAGAGGCGUCUGUAGUCUUUGGACUGGAUACACUGCCAUCUGAAGGAUGAAGCAGAUGGUGAGAACCAUCAACCAUGACUUAGGAUAUGAUGCCGGUUGGAAGAUCUUGAGGACCUACCUGACCAGUUAUAGGUUACAGCCCGUCAUGAUGGAGAAAUCAGAGAUGCAGGACCAUGGACAUCUUGUUAUACUCUCUUUGUAGAAAGAAAGGAGACUGGAACAUGAGAGCUAGGACUCAGCUCAGUUUCUCCUUUUCAUUCACCCUGUAAAAAGGUACCACCAACAAACUUUUAAGUUUGAUCUACAGAAGCUUCCAAGAUGUCCCAUCAACACACACUACCAGUGACUGUUCCAGCUGCGGUUCAGGAAUCUCUGAAGACUGUGUGUUCUCCAGAUCAUACCCAGCAGGAACAUACAAAGCAACCAACUCCACUUCCUGCACAAUGCCAGGUCUUCACUGAGACUCAAGAGAAGGGCUUUCCCAAACAUGAGAAGGGGACAAACCCUGUCAAGGAUCUGCCUGAGCAACAUUGUGAGCACCACCAGCAGGCAGGGCCACAAAAACAGCAGCUGCAGGCAGAAAAGCCACAGCAGCAGUUGCAGGAACAGGAACUGCAUCCAGAGAAGCAGCAGCCACCACAGGAAUCCCAGGGGCUCCUGUGCCUGGGACAGCAACAGCAGCAAGAGCCACAAGAGCAAGAACAAGACCUCAGACAGCACUACCAGCAGCAGCAGCAGCAGCAGCAGCAGCAGCAGCAGCAGCAGCAGCAGCAGCAGCAGCAAGAUGUGCUAGAACCACAGGAGCUGCAUCUGGGACAGGACCAGAAGGAGAAGCUGCAGGAUCCAGAAUUGCAUCUGGGUCAGCAGCAGAAAAUUCCAGAGGAGCAGGAACUGAUUCCAGGAGAAAAGCAGCAAAAGCUGCACCUGGGACAGAGGCAUCAGGAGCCACAGGAGCAGGAGCUGCACCUGGGACAGAGGCAUCAGGAGCCACAGGAGCAGGAGCUGCACCUGGGACAGAGGCAUCAGGAGCCACAGGAGCAGGAGUUGGACCUGGGACAGAAGCAGAAGCAACAGCAACAAGAACAGAAGCUGCAGUUGGGACAGCACCAGAAGCAGAAGCUGCGUGAACCGGAACUGCACCUGGGAAAGCAGCAGCACCAGGAGUCUCAGGAGCCAGACCUGCACCUGGGAAAGCAGCAGCAGCAGGAGCGACAUGAACCAGACCUGCACCUGGGAAAGCAGCAGCAUCAGGAGCCACAUGACCCAGAACUGCACCUGGGAAAGCAGCAGCAUCAGGAGCCACAUGACCCAGAACUGCACCUGGGAAAGCAGCAGCAGCAGGAGUCUCAGGAGCCAGACCUGCACCUGGGAAAGCAGCAGCAGCAGGAGCCACAUGAACCAGACCUGCACCUGGGAAAGCAGCAGCACCAGGAGUCUCAGGAGCCAGACCUGCACCUGGGAAAGCAGCAGCAGGAGGAGUCACAUGAGCCAGACCUGCAUCUGGGAAAGCAGCAGUAUCAAGGGACUCAGGAGCCAGAACUACACUUGGGAAAGCAGCAGGAGUCACAUGAGCCGGAUAUGGCAGAGGAUCAGAAAGAGAAGCAGAAACUUUGUGAGCCAGAACUGUACCUGAGAAAGCAGCAGCACUGGGAGCCACAUGACCCAGACCUGCACCUGGGAAAGCAGCAGCACCAGGAUUCUCAGGAGCCAGACCUGCACCUGGGAAAGCAGCGGGAGUCACAUGAGCCAGAUAUGGCAGAGGAUCAGAAAGAGAAGCAGAAACUUUGUGAGCCAGAACUGCACCUGGGAAAUCAGCAGCAGCAACAGAUAGAGCAUGAAGGCUGUCAAGGAUCAAAAAGCCUGGGUCAGUCUCUUAAGCAAGAGAAAGCUUCAAGGGGGCAGCAGCUGGAUGGCUCACACCUAGAACAGGACCCGGAACUCUUGGACCAGCCACUGGAGCAAGAACUAGGAGAGAAAGGUGAACAACGGGAAAGGAAGAAACAUGAAUUGGAGAACCUGACACAGCAGAAGCAGAUAGUACCAAGCACUGACCGAGUCCAAGAGACUAAGCCAGUCCAGCCAGUGAAAGAAGACUUUGCUCACUACAGAGAAGCAGCAGCAGAACCAUGAAGUGCAGUGAAGCCAAAACGAAAGCAGCCAUUCCAGUGUCCCACAGACUCUCCAACCAUCCCACAUAAGGGAAGAGAGCCAUCUACAUUUCCUUAAGGUCCCUGACUGGCCUACUCAUCCAUGAAUCUAUCUGGCCCUGACCAUCUUCUUGUCUAUGGCAGGCUGGGUACAAGAUAUUAUGGUCCAGGAUCUACCCCAAGAAGCCCAAUCUCAACCUUAGAUAUCACAGCCUCUUCCUGAGGCAGGAGGUGGGGGAAAAGGGGAGGCCUGUCAGUAGUUAGCAACUCUGAUGUCACUCAUAGUGCUGUGUCAGACUCAGUGAAUCUGCACAAUGUCUAAUAAAUCCUAAAAUCCCGUGGUCCUGUA